CCGCGCCGCCUCCGCGUUCCUUCACACGCGAGUGCACUGCAGUGACCAAAAAUACUUUUAAAAAGUUACUCCAUUCUGUUCUAAACUAAAGAAUAAAAGUUUUCUGUGACUGUGAACGGUGGCUAGUGGAUGUUCGAUUUGAUCUAGUGUUGUUUUAAAUACAGUUUGAUCGAGUUUAGUGUUGAAAUCGAGCAAAGCAGGUGUUUGGUGUCGAGUUACCCUGCGCCCGCGCACGUGACCGCGCGUUCGUGUUGAAGAUGCCACGGCCGGUGUAGCGGCAGCGGCAUGGGCCAGGCGGGCAGCCAGCUGGCCGCGGCAGUGCCGCGCUCGCGCCGUGCACUCACGCUGCCGCACGAGCCGCUCAGACACGCGCCCAAGGUGCUGCCAUCUCUGUCGGAGGCGCCGCAUCUACGCAGCACCGACAACGGUGCCAUCUUGCAAUCGGGCGGGACCAUUAGUGGUCGCAGACCUGCUUCCAUCCUCGAGACUUCACGCACGCCGCAUGGACAUGUGCACUCGAAUGUAUACCGGUCGCGAUCAGCAGGGUCGGGCGCGCAGUCAAGCGAGCUGCGCGCCAGGGAGCGCGACCCGUUGCAUCGCUCGCACACCAAUCUAAACCUAAGGAGCAAUGACGACGGCAGCAGCAUAAAUAAGAGAUUUGGCUCAGAGCCGGAUCUAAGAGUAGAAGAAGAGCAGCAAAAAUCGAGAUGUAACAAACACUUCAGGAAGAAGUAUCGAGCACCCCCACCGCCUGUACAUAAUAAUCACCGCGAGGGUUCAUCGCCAGAUUCCAGCGACGGGAACGCGAGACCAGAACCCCAAAGGAAACUCAGACUAUUCAAAACAAGAAACGAAACCAAAAAGAUGAACGGUCACAUUGAGCCCAAAGCACCGGCUUACAGAAGCUACACUGAAUACAACAAGUCUUUAGAUUUAACCGACAACCAGGCCUUCGAGAGACGAUACAGAUCGCCGUGCAAAGACAAAGAGCAGCAUCUUAAGUAUCCAGAUAGCAAAGACAUGGUGCAAACAUCAGCCUCUCUCAAGAGAGAAGAACGCCUGCUUCAGGCGAGGCAAGACUUCAAAAAGUCAAGAACAGACAAAAUCAGCGGGUGUAGAGCAAAGACAGCAAAAACAAAUGAAUCGACUGAGGCUUGGAAAACACCAUUGCUUAAUAGAAAUUUCAGGUAUUCAGACAGGUUUGUAAGAGAAGAGAGUCAACAGCCAGUACUCCGGAGAGAAAAGACUUUCGACAACACUCUGCUUUCGAACGAAAAAGAAAGCGAGUCCCCCAAAGCCAUACACGAGAAUAGAAUGAAGGCAGUAGGACAACAACUGAAGGAUAAUCGGCUCAGCCCGCUAGCGGAGAGCAACAAGCCUUUGAGAAAAUCUCUUCCUUCACUAUUAGUCAAGGAUAAUGAAGAAAAAGAUGAAUUUCAAGCAGAACUCAAAAAGGCGACAAAUAGAAUAAGGAGUGAAUUAGGAAGUAAAAUUAAUAAUAUUAGUGAAAACAAAACUAGUCAGAAUGAUAAAACGAGCGCACAGAAACCAAACCCAUCGAAAACUACAGCACAGAGUAAAGUCAAAGAGUCUAGUCUAAAACCGAAUAAAGUGAGUAGCAAGAUCGACACUAAACCUGCCUACAGUAGAAUUAGCCGGCCAUUGAAUAGGGUAACAGAAAAACCUAAAAUCACAGCUCUACAGAACAUCAAUAAAGUAAGCAACAAUAUUCCGACAAGUAAAUAUAAAUUCAACAGCAAAGAAAGGGCAAAGUCAAUGCCUGAUAGAGGACAAGCUUCUGGCAAGGAGUCGACUCCUGAACACUCACCGACUAGAAAAAUUGAACCACCGAAAAAUCAUCAUUUGCCAGAUAAACAAAAACCUCCCUCAAAGCAAUUCUACUUCGGCAUGAUUGAAAGCAGACCAUCAGAUUCGAGGGAUCACUUAAAAGAUUUCCCAGGAUUAGGUAGCCCUAUCAUUGAGGAGAUCAGCAAUUUCCAUUUGAUCGAGAAGAAACUGCUCGGGUAUCAUGACGAAGACGCAGAAUUUGAGAAGUUCAACGCAAAGUUGAAAGAAGAAUGUAAAGUUAAGAACUUAUCAUCGGAAUCAGCGCUCUCAUCGGAAGGCUCAGAAGGUGAAGGAUCGGAAGGAUCGCUGGGUAUAGCGCUGCGCCUGAGACCAACUAUACCGAAGAAGACCCCCGCCGUGCCAAGGUUCUCGCCAGCCGCCGCGUGGAGACAGCUUGCCAGUCUUGAUGCUCAUCUUGCCUCAGAAACGCAGCCAUUAGCAGUAGAAACAAAAGUAUCAGCGGACAUAACGCCGGAGUCUUCGCCGCGAUCAGAACAGUCGGCUGACAAAUCCGGAGACUCAGGCAUAUCGGGCGAUCACGCACACAGCGAUCACAGGAUAGACUCGCCUGGACAUGUGCCUGAAUCAACAAACAACGUGUGGACUCCUCAACAAGACCUCGGUGAUAGCAGUUCAGAUGGCGCUGGUGGAGGUAUCACUUUACACCCACAAGGCACUGUGGCCACUUACAGCCCUGGCGCUCAGCCCUUCAGUCUCUCGUUGCCAAGAGAAAAUCAGGACAAGUUUAAAGGCAUGUCGUGCUUCUACGAAUGCUUCCAGGGCAAACAGUUGCAGCAGGGAUUCAACAGUCUUCAGAAGCUGCGCAAAUCGGUAUCUGGAGCACUCGGUGCAGCGUUAGGUUCUAGAAGAUUCGACCUAGAACAUGAGCCGAUGUUACCGGAGCCUGAACAGAACUGGUUCUUGACGAAGUCGGCUCCGAACUCUUUGAGCAACCCGUUACUAUUUCAACCGCCGUCAAGAGCAAAAUUGAGCAAUGAAGACGAUAUUAAAGAAGAAUCAUUACCGCCUACUGAUAAGGAGGACACAAGUCCCUGGAGGCCGAGUAAUUCAUACCUCUCAUGGGGAGGGCACGUCAUGUAUCUGCCUCCCGCUCCGACUGCUCCUGACCAACCCCUGUCCAUGCUCGGGCCAAUAGACAGACCUGUAAGAAGCAAAUCCAGCGGCUGUCUAGAAGUGGCGGCUCGGGCGGCGCGUGCGGCCCUCGCUAACGAGAUGCGUGAACGGGAGCGGUCAGCUUCGCCUGAUGUUGCACGCGCGCUACCGGCCCGAGUGGAACCCGUUACCAAUCAGCGGGUGGUUACAAGCAGCGGUCGCGGUAAGCGGUUCACGUUCCAAUCGACGGUUCGCCAGCUGGAGCGGCGGCGGUUAGCUGAGAAACUUUCAAGGGAAGCUGAUUUGAAAGAGCAGCAAAGGAGAACUGAGCUGGAAGCCAUGAGAAGGGUGGAAGAGGAAUUCCAGAGAAAACGCGCGAGAGAAAAGGCGAAUAUCAGACAGCAGCUGAGGCUGGUAAGCAGUGGAGCUACCAGCAUGCCGUCUGCCACACAACAUACUAAAACUCGAGACGAGCCCGACGGCUCGUGUCGCGAGUCGCCGGCUACGGAGCGACCACGCGACGGACGACAGCGGCAUAGCAACGCUUCGUCGGAAAUAAGUGGACGUAGCAAAAGCACCACGCCUAUUCGAUCAGUAGAGAUGUCGGAAUGGCGUACGGAUGAAGCUAGAGUGUACCACGACUGGGCGACGAAUUUGACGAACAACACUGCGCACGCGCACCCUCCGGCUUGCGCACGCAUGCCGAAGUCCGCGCACGUUGUCUACAACGCGAACGAGACAGAAGCUUUCAGCGGCAGCCCCCGCUCCGACAACUACCGGCUUGAGUUUGCUCGAGGGCGAUCCCCGCGCACCCCGCGCCCUCCGCGCCUCAUCUCCGCCGCGCGCUCGCCUUCCACUUCAGGAUCUGAACUGUCUCUGAGGCAACCCAUCAAGAUCAGGGAAACAACAAAGGAGGAACCAGAACCGGAAGAGCCUGUCAUAGUGCCAACAUUGCGGCCGUCAGGACCUGCGCGGGCGUCACUUGCAAUCCGUUGAUGAUUUAAUUACGAAAUUGUUAUAAUUUUUCGUUUCUAAAUUUUGAAAUAAUUAUAUAUUAUAACAUUUAUCGACGGUCUGAAAUAGAUACGAUAGAAACCAAACAACAAAAUAGUAAAAGCAUAAAAAGCUAC